UAAUUUUCAUCAGCUGUUAUUUCAUAACCUAACCAAUAGUCAUCCUGAAGGAAAAAGUUAGGCUCGUACAAAUUGGUGGUAUUGGAAUAGGAUUUUGUGAAUUAAGAUGUUAAAUUUGGGUGUAAGAAGGGAAACCUGUAGGAAACUGCAGAUACUUUGUACGUCACCGUGCCUUACAUCUCGGGCACAGUCAACAGUAGCAACAACAGCCAAAGCAAGCUAUGCACGCGAUAACACCGAGUAUUCCGAUCAGCCAAUAUAUCCCGAAAUACAAGAUUUAUCAUUUAAGGCACGCAAAGGGCGUGAAACUGAAAGUUGGCAUGAGGAAAUACGAAAAGUACCAACUGUGGAAGAGAAGCUCAUCAAGAUUAACAUGCCUCGUUAUUAUGGAUUCAAGGUGGUAAAUUUGAGUGACUCUAAGAUGCCAUACAAUUGUUUGCCCGCCAUGCAGCACUACACACGCACCAUUUACGAGGAUGUUAAGGUUAAAGAGAAUCCAACACAAGAGAACCCUCAAGCAGACCACAAAAAAUUUGAAACAUACACCGAAACUAUUACAGCAGAUAUCAAAGAAGCGAUUGAAUUUGUACACGAUUAUUUUAAUCACGCAUAUCCAGAUACAACGAAUAUUGAACCACAAGAAAGGGAAAAUAUUUUCGCCCGGCUUAUUGUUGAACAAGUUAACCGGACUUUAAUUAAUGUGUUGUCAAGUGAUUUUCUGCAUGUCCAAGAAACAGAAAUUGAUUACAGUCCAAGACAUGAAGCUUUUUGGUCAGUGGGUGGAAUAAAUCCUCCCAAAAACGUUGUGAAGAGCAAAAGUGGUCGCAAAUGGCAAAAAGAAAUGGCAAACGAUCCUUAUAACCGUCUCAUGCAAUAUUCAGGGAAGCCAUUCCUUGCGCUACGUCAUCGAAACCAACUUACUCCUUGGAAAACAGAAUCGGAAUCAAUAAACGCCGACUUAGCGAAAACUAUACCACGUUUUAACUAUGAUCCACGUACACUGGGAUAUGUCUGUAGCCAUCAACACCUAACAAGUAUUCCAGGCUUCUGGCCUGGCAGCGGAAAUCUUUUUGGAAACAUUUCUUAUCAGUCGCGCGCUUUUCUUCAGAUAAGACCAGACACAUAUGGAGUUGACGAUUUCAAAGAGGCUUUACAUACUCAUGCCAUUCAGAGUAGCUAUGCUUGGUUAUUGGCGCAAGCUAGUUACAACGGUUUCAAUACCUUUAACGAUCUUACCUAUCCGAUGAAUACACAAACCAUUUUGACGAAUGGACGUGAUUGGUCAUUUUACGAAUACCAGUUAAACACAUUGCUUGUGCACUCGCAUCAUGUAGACGAGAAUCCGAAAGUCAAUUUUUGUCGCGGAACUGCCGAGAUGCAACUCUAUGGUGAAAUAAGUGAUUCUGGUCAAGUUGUUGAUUUCAAUGAAGAUGUCCUGCGAUACCUUAUACGCUUCUAUAUAAAUGCACCGCAGAUCCAUAGAGCAGGGAGCGAAUUACACCCCUAUUUGGGAUCAGAUGUCAAGUACAUAGCUGAUUAUGAAAAUGCGGAGCAGCGCGAAUUUUUAGAACGUGUAUUUAAGAAUUUAAUGUCCAAUCGGCCCCGACAUUUAGCUACACCAGAAAUCUAUCUUUGGGAGAAGAUUUAUAAGAUUGAUAACAAAACUAGACAAAUGGAGGCGAAACGUCGCUUCUUUGAGUUGGACAUAAAUCCUUGGGCACGCAGAUUGGAUCAACACCAAAAGGAGUAUAUACCGCGUGCAGUGCGACCAGAGGGCCCUAAGAGUAAAAAGAAGUGGAAGAAUAGUUUUUAUCCCUGAAGUGAGAAUUAGUUGUAUUCGAAAUCAUUGUUGAACAAGUUCUACAAAAACAAUAAAAGUUUUGAAAACAAAAAUA